AUGGCUUCAACAAAGAAAUCACAAAAUAUCUUUGCUCAUAGUCCAUCAUUACAAAUACUUUGGAAAUGUGCUGGUCAACGACGUUUAAUAACUAAAGCUUUAAUAAAUUCAGCUAGUUUUAAAAAUAUUUAUAAAGAUGUUCUUCAAUAUGUUAAUUCAAAAACCCGUCGUCGUUCACCAUUAGCUCUUAUUCUCGAUAGUCAUCUUAUGAUUGGCCUUGUUUAUGUGUAUUCGAAAACUGUAAUAUUAUGUCAUCAAGAUGUUGAAAAACUAUAUAAAGAUGCUGUUGUACAUCGAUUUUUUGAAUUUGAAGAUUCAGCCAAGUUAAAAUUAACACGUAAAAAGGAUACAGUUUUAACUGAUACGCAAUGGCAAAUUGAUAUUGAUGAAAAUUUAUUACCCGAUGAAAGAAUGUUGUUAGAAAGAGAUUUUUCUAUUGAAAUUCCACGUCAACUAACACCACCACCACAGCUUGUUCAGUCGCCUGACAAUUUAUUACUAUUGCCGUGGGAAGUUUCUAAGCCAACUCAUGGAAAACGUAUAACGUUAUUGCCUGAUAUCGAAGAACCAAUGCCUAAAUUCGAUAUAAUUGAUGAUCGUUUUGGUGAACCUUUACCAGUUCCAUCGACAACAACAAUGGAUAUCGAUGAACGAUGUGAUCGAACAUUUUUUCGUACUGCAUCCGAAGAUCGAAGUAAAGAACUACUUCGAGCACCACAUGUCGAUCGACAGAUACAUGCAACCGAUCGUUAUUUACAUCCAAGUGAAGAUCGAACUAUUGAUGAACAUCAUCCACCACGUUCGAUUCAAUCUGCUUUACCACCAAUAUCUAUGCCACUGAUGGAUACAACAUCCGCUGAACCUGAGCAUUCAAAAAUUGACAAGCGUGAUCAAUUUUCUAUUGAUGCACUUGCUUUUAUUACGAGUGCGAUUGAUACAUAUCCAAUCUAUGAUUCAAUGCCAAUAAAAACUGUUUUACUUGGUGCGGAUUGCAUUCCGAGUAGUAGUGUUCCUCUAAUUUUUGUUCAAGAACCAACUGUAAUUGGUACAGACGAAAUGAUAAUACCAAUGGAUACAUUACCUCCAUUAGAUCAACAAUUACCAAAUGAAGCACCGAUGCCUAUGGUUGCUGAUGCUCAAGUACCUGAUGUUGUAACGGUGGCACCAGAUGAAAAAAAAGCUUUUCAUGUUUCAAAAAAGAAACGUAAUACACCAAAUGCAUUAAAUAAAAAACGGAAAGAUUCAUCAAUUUAUGAACAAAUUAUUGAAUUUGAAUAUGAUAAACUGGAAUCAGUUGUAGAAGAAGAGGAUGAAGUGUUCGAAAAAAAUAAACAAGAACAAAAACCAUGGUUCACGUUAGUUGGGCGAAAUGGAACAAAACGAAUGAAUAAAUUAUUAGAUAAUGCUAAAACCGUGUUGACUAGUACUAAUCUUAGCGUUAUUAUUGAUGAUAUUAUGAAUGUAGCAAAAAUAUUAACUAAUCCAGGCGAGCAUGAUGAUCUUGUACAAAUACGGCGUACAGGUCAAGAGAUGGCUAUUCGUCGAGGUCAAUCAAGUGGUCUUUUACCUAAACCAGGUACACGAUCGCCAUCAUCAAUACGUGUAUCAGAAUUGCCACCAAGAGCAAAUGAUGGCGAUUUUCUUCCACCACUACCUAGCAGUUUUGAUGAUCUUCAAUUAGUAUUACCACCAUCUGAACCUUUAGUUAGUAUUCCGCAGCCAUUUUCACCAUUACAAACAAAACGACGAGAAAGAACAACCAUAAUAACACCUGUGGAACCAUCACCAACUUGGCAAGAAAAACAAAAACAAAAAGCUAUUGAUGAUAUUCUCAAUGUGGCUGAUAAUCUAGGUGGCGGUUCAUUUAAUCAAUUUUUGAAACGAUCAGAUGCAACUCGAGUUCACGCAGCUCGUCUAUUCAGUGUAUUACUGGUUCUUUGUGGCGAAGGGCGACUAACAGUUCAUCAAACACAAUCAUACGGUGAAAUCAAUAUUUUUAUUAAUGAUACAUAUAGACCAGUUAAACAAGUUACAUCUGAUAUAGAAAAAUUUUCACAUUUAGAAACUAUGGAAAGUGAUGAUAGUCAUUUUUAA